GUAACUGGAGUGAAUAAGGGAACCUUCUUCCAGAGCACAGACAUUGGAACCUGUUAUCAGCAUGAACUCAUAUGUGUUAGACAAACAGGUCAAUAGUUCAUAUCUAUCCUUCACUACAGGAAGCAUCAGAAUGUUGCCGCAAAUUCCAAUAGUCUUAGACAGCAAUGACUAUUCACAAACAUUGGGGAUAUCACAGCAGAUAUUUAAAGAAGAUGGUGAAUUGGCAGGAACUGGACAGCAAUCAUUAUGUACAGAGAGUAAUCUAGUCAUCAAACAAGAGGACAACAUUUAUGAGUUAUCUAGUGAAAUUAUUAACCCCGGGAAUAAGCCACACACAUUUACUGAGUUUUCAAAACAUAUUAAAGGGAAAAGUCUACAGUCUAGCCAAAUGAUUCAAAUAAAGGAGAACCCUUUCAAAUCUACAGAAUGUGAGAAAAACUUUAGAUGGAAGUCUAAACUACUACACUGCAAAAUUCACACAGGUGAGAAACCACACACAUGUCCUGAGUGCGGAAAAUGUUUUAAACAAAUGAAUCAUCUGAAAAAUCAUGAAAGGAUUCACACAGGAGAAAAGCCGUUCACAUGUACAGAGUGUGGAAAAAGUUUUACAAAAAAGAGUGAGCUGAAAAAACAUGAAAUGAUUCACACAGGAGAAAGGCCUUUCACAUGUACAGAGUGUGGAAAAAGUUUUAUACAAAAGAGUCAUCUGAAACGGCAUGAAAGGAUUCACACAGGGGAAAAGCCUUUCACAUGUACAGAGUGUGGAAAAAGUUUUAAACAAAAGAGUGAGCUGAAAAAACAUGAAAUGAUUCACACUGGAGAAAAGCCUUUCACAUGUACAGAGUGUGGAAAACACUUUACAAAAAAGAAUAAUCUGAAACGUCAUGAAAGGAUUCACACAGGGGAAAAGCCUUUCACAUGUACAGAGUGUGGAAAAAGUUUUACACAUAAGUGUAGUCUGCAAAUUCAUGAAAGGAGUCACACAGGAGAAAAGCCUUUCACAUGUACAGAGUGUGGAAAAAGUUUUACACAUAUGAGUAGUCUGAAAGCUCAUGAAAGGAAAUACGAUAUACUAGAAACUGAGAUACAAGAACAAAAUGAAACAUUAAAACAGUUUCAAGACAAUCCGGAAUUUGAAAAAUCAUAUAAAACCUAUCAGAAGGAAUUGGAUAAAUAUGAAUUAGAACUAAAAAGUACCAAACAAGGGAAACUGAAUAGAGAUAUUAAUGAUUUUACCAACAACAGGGUAUACAAAUGGCGUAACAGGUCAUUCUAUAGACAACCAAACACUAAUCCAAAAGUGACGAUUGUAGAAAGCAAUGUAUCAGAUACUGAUGGAGAGGAAGGUAGCUCUAGCAACACAACUCCAAUCCCCAAUACAACGACUGCAUUAGUCCCCCGAUCCUCAAGUUGUAACAAGAGGAAGGAUUUUUUAGAAUCAGGCGAGGAGGAAGAAAAACCAGAAGAGGGGGAGGAAAAAACAAAAUACCAGCCAGAGGGAGAACAUUUCAACAAUCGAACCAUCAGAGGAAUGGGAAUCAACACAAGAGGACUCACAGCCCAUUCUCCCAAAUACGUCUGA